AUGAAACUACAAUGCCAGGUAGAAAUCGUAAACAGAUUACAUAGUAAUUUGAAUAUAAGAUCAAAUGGAAAAUAUAUAAAAUCAACGUUAGCGCUAGGAAAGGAACCCAAACGUGAGGCAGAUUAUUUUAUAAUCCACUUUUCAUCAGUUAAUAAAACUGGAACAAAGUAUAGUGUGAAGCGACUUAAACAAGUGUUUAGUAAGUGUUUGAACGAAGGAAAAACUACAUUAAGAUUUGAAGAGCCGCCUCACGACUUGUGUGUAAAAAGCGAGGCUAUUCAGUUGAAAUGUUUCAUGCGAUUACUUAAAUCUUGCAUUACUGGUGAUGUUAAGAACCUACAAAUAGCUCCUUUAACAAGUUUAAGUGUCACUCAAAAAGAUAAUGCGCCUACUAAACUCGUAAUACGCGAUAGAAGUGAUUUUCCAAUUAAGGGACUCCCAAGAACUUUAGAAUCGCUUUAUAUCAAUGGUCUGAAACUGUGCAACUUCCGCAGAGAUAUCUUGUUACUAAAGCAGUUGACGAUUCUAGAUCUUAGUAAUAAUGCUAUUGAAAAGCUACCUGCUGAAUUUGGUCGAAUGCCGAAUUUGUGUGAACUCUAUUUAUCAAACAAUCAAAUUGGUGUGAGGGGUGAUGUAGAUUGGCGAUGGUUACUUGGACCUCAGAUUACAAGUGUCCUCAAACUGUUAGACUUGAGUGGAAAUAAAUUAGGUCAUCUACCACAAUCAAUCUGGAAAUUGCAGAAGUUAGUUACAUUAAAAUUAGACAACAACAUGUUAGAAAAAUUACCAACUACACUAGGCAGAUUGUCUACUUUAAGGUACUUAACAAUUUCACAAAAUGAGAUUACUUCUCUACCUUGCAGUAUACUACAAUGCCGCUUAGAGUACAUAGACUUGUCAGAAAACAAGUAUGAUGUAAAAGAAACAAAUAUGGCACCCAUACAACAUACUCCAUGGGAUUUCUACAUAGGGAGCUUAGUAGAUAUUGCUUCCAAAGUUGUGUUAAAACAGAAAUUCUUCUAUGCUCCAAACAUUAUACCAAGGACUUUAGUCGAGUUUCUAGAUAAUGCAAACAUGUGCAUCUGUGGUGCUCCUGUAGUAAACAACAGCUAUUAUAUGAACAAAGAGUUUGAAUUAAAAGAUUUUUUUAGAGUUGUCGUAUUUAAUAGUAAUAGGAAAAGUACUGUUACAGUCCAAUGCUAUUUUUGCUCACCUAAAUGCUUUAAUAGAUAA